GAUCGAAAACUUCCUCUGGUAAACAUCACAGUCUGCGCCAUCACGAAUAAACCGCUAGCCCUGGGAAAGAUCGACACCCCCUUCUCCCCAGCGCUUUGAAAAGCCAGUGUCGUCAAUCGCUAAUAAGAUCGUUUUGGCACCAUAGCGAACAAGAUCUUUUUGGCACCGUAACCACUACGAUCUCUUUGGCACCAUAACUACUACGAUCUUUCUGGUAAUAUAACUACUACGAUCUUUUUGGCACCAUAGCUAUUAAAAUUCUUCUGUGGCACCAUGUUGCUGGCAUCACGGGGCAGCGUCAAGCUCUUUCUGAACAUCUCCUUGGCCCUCAACAUUGUCUUUUUCGCAGCUUUCUUUUUCCCCAGCAAGAAAGCAUACAAGCUUCUGGAUGCCUUCGCAGUCAAGCAAGACAGUAACUGUGGAAUGUGCCAGUUCGACCCCGAACUGUGCGAAGAUCUUGGAGAGGACAAUGUCCAGCGAGCACUUGCUUAUGUAGGGACUAACGCUCGUUUAAGACGAGUAUUGGCCAAACUCAGACGAGGAGAAAGGUUCACAGUGGGUGUUGUUGGAGGUUCCGUCUCCAAGGGCUUCGGUCUCGACAAGGACGUAGGAUAUUUUCCUGACACCCCCACAAACCUCAACCGUAUCGUCUUCGAUCGUCUCAACAAUUUGUUUCCUGCUCCCAACGGCGUCAAAGUCGGCGAGAACGGCAGGGAAGAAAAUAUGAACUCAUACAUCAAUGGUGCUGUUGGUGGUGUCGGUACCGACUAUUUCUCAUUAUGUUAUGGUGAACACUUGCCGGACGAUAUGGACCUUGUCUUCAUUGAACUUGCUAUCAACGAUGAAGUGCUUACUCGAAACAUCAAUUCUUAUGAGCUUCUGGUCAGAAGUCUGCUCGAUCUGCCCAAUGGUCCUGCGGUCAUGAACUUCCAAAUUUUUGCGUUGAAAUUUAACACAGUGACCAACGGUGGAGACAUGCACCACGGAAUCGCUCAAUUCUACGACACUCCUGUUCUCUCUCUCCGAAAUGCUGCGUACAAUUUCAUCCUUCAAAACGAGUCCCUCAUCCCCGAGUACUUUUAUAUCCAUGGAAAUGGAGAAACCGAUACCCGUCAUAUGGGCAAGAAGGGUCACAAUCUCAUGGGUCGACUUGGUGCUGCUUACAUAGAGACCCAACUCUGUGAAAUGGACAAAUUUGAGGCUUCCAUCCCUGGGGCAAAGUCUAUGACCAUCGACCAGCUGUACCCUCUUGAACCUAUCCCUCGGAUGCAACUCAACAUGAAGUACGACAAAGACCUUGUUAUCCCUACCAUUAAGCCUCAAUGUUUCCUGGCCAACGGCAAGAAGAAUCCUCUCGUCCCUGUUACCAACGAAGGCUGGCGAAAUUGGAAUUGGAAAGAGAAACAUUACCUAAUUUCCGACACCCCCGGCUCCCGAAUCACCUUCAAGCUCACCACCACCGUCGGUAAUAUCGAAAUCCAUUAUCUGAGGUCGUACCAAUAUAAUCUGGGAAGUGUGAAGUGCUGGAUAGAUGAAGAUGUUGAUAAAGCGAUGAGGUUGGAUGGGUAUUGGAAGGAGCCUUACAACAUUGGACGAGCUGCGACUGUUGGGAAUAAUUUGACUCCAGGGGAGCAUAAGCUCACUUGUGAGUUGUUGAAGGAAACGGCGGAUCCUUCGGGUGGGAAGGAGUUUAGGUUGAUCUCUGUUAUGAGUAUCUAGAAGAUAUUGAACUGUGAAUUGUAAUUUUUUGUGCGGAUAGAAUACAUCGUGGUAGAGCACAGAAGAGGACUUUCCCGGCCAUCUUUCCAUAUAAAAAAAACUGGGAAGACAAUUUGUCUCGUCAGUCAUCUGGCGACGAAGACUGUCAGUUGUUCUUGGGCUGUCGGUUUUUAUUCAUUCUUAGUUCUUCUUGGACAAAUGUAUACUUUUUAAAUGGCU